CAUGUAAGACAGGGCCUCCGGCAAAACCUUGAGGAAUUCGCCAGCGCAUUGAUUUCGAAGUGGAAAUCGCUCUGUGUGACAAGGCGAAAAGGAGAGGCGUGACUCAUUAUAGCACCGACUGCUUUGGGGGCCCACACACACACGCACUUCCGCACCAGUAGAGAGCGGGGAGGAAAUCGGAGGGGGAUUUCCAGCUCGAGUCUUCGCUAGCCGAGCUAACCUUGUUUUGCUUUCGCUCUGGCCCAGAAACAAAACUGAACGCUCACUCUCACUUUCCUUUUUUCUACUAAGGCAGCCGACAAAGACUCUUAAAAUUAGCAAGCGUUUGUGGCGCGUGUUAUUGUGACAAGCUGUCCAAAGGCAACAGAUACCAAGAUGCCUGUUGAUAGAAUGAGGAUGCGGCCAUGGUUGGAGGAACAGAUCAACUCCUGCCAGAUACCAGGCCUCAAGUGGGUUAACAAAGAAAAACGAAUCUUCCAGAUCCCUUGGAUGCAUGCUGCUCGCCACGGCUGGGAUCUGGAGAAAGAUGCUCCUCUCUUCAUGAGAUGGGCCAUGCAUACGGGUAAGUACCAGCCAGGAAAAGACCAGCCAGAUCCAAAGACUUGGAAGGCAAAUUUCCGCUGCGCGAUGAACAGCCUGCCGGAUAUCGUGGAGGUGAAAGAUAAAAGCAAUAAAAAAGGAACAAAUGCCUUCAGAGUCUACAAGAUGCUGUCAUGUUCAGAGAGAGGGAUGAAGAGAGGAAAGAAGAUGACCGACAAAGAGAGGAGACCCAACGUAAAUACAGAGGUAGCAUCUCUGUCUUUUGACAGGCGGCCACUUCUCUUCCAUGCUGUACAUGUUGAGAACAUCAAACUGGAAGCACAAGAGGCGGGAGAGAUGCCCCACACGACCAAAGAUACAAUUAACAAUGCUUUAGAUAUUCGUGGUGAAGAAGAUCACGUGAUUGCAAAUGAGCUGCUACCAUUUGUCUGUCAGACAAUCGAAGUGAAAACUGAGAAUGAAGAGGAAACAGUUAGCUCGUCCCACUUGUACCCCUUUCAAAUCUCUCCUGUAUCUUCAUAUGGCGGCAGUGACACAGACAGUGACAUUGAGGACACCGAACAAGGUGUCAAUCGAGCCUGGACGCGAGAUCGUGGCAGGUCAAUUCUUAAGGUGUCCCCCUCAUCCCUCCCUGGUAUGGCCACCUUCGUUAAAGGAAACAAACCUUACUGCCGAAUAACCACCAUGCGAGACCCUGACCCCCACAUCAGCUAUCACAGCGACAGCUGGACAACCCCGUGCAGCCAGAACUCACUCAUGUCUUCCAUACCCAGCCACACUCAUGAGAUGCGGGCCAGCGUCAUUAUGAAAACCUCAGAUGUCACCUCUUCCUAACCUCAAGAUGACAAGUUCCUAGAUUUAUUUAAGUCAGACAUUACAUUCUGCAUCUAAUGACAAAGAUGGUGUGUUUGGAUUUGUCUUCUGCCAUUCUCCGCAAAUGCAUUGCCCACAUUUAUGACAACGCACAAGCAUUUUGGUUUACUCUGCUUCUCAACCAGUCUCUGGUUGGUUGUAAGCUAUGCACUCAUGGGGGGCACGACUCGUCAAAUUUGAAUUCAGUGUGACUUCAUAAACAUUGUUAGUUACCCAUUAGCUAGGUGACUUAAUACCUGGGGAGAAGAAGGGACGAUAGACAAGUGUGGUUCAAGACAGUAGUUGGAUGGCGGUAUACAGUAGGCGUAGAACAAGUUUGACCAGCUUGUAUUUAUUCUGCUGGUUCAUACUUGCUAUAAGGUAUGCCUCAGUAUAGUUCUCUGCCAACCCAGGAAAUGUGUUUUGUUUAAAAAAUAUAUUUCAUUUUUAUUCGUGGCAUUCCCACCUUAGCAAGCCUUCCCAGAAAAAGGCGGGGGGGGGGGGGGGGGGGGGGGAGAUCCAUCCUUUUAAUUACAAUGUAAACUGACCCUGUUUCCCUUUGUGCCUGAGAUUUUAUAUAUUUAUAAAACCUACUUCCUCAUGUAAAUUCAAUUUAGCAUAAAGCUGUGCAGGGACUGCACUGAUAUUUUACUUUGCAAAGUCAUUUAAUGGCCAUUAUGAACAUGAGAAAAACAUUACUUCAUGCAGAAGCUAUUCAAGUAUUCAUGUGAACCCCUGACUAUUGUUUUAAGAUUUACCCUACUGUACUUGAAAAAUUGCCAAGCCUGUUUAACUUGUACUUCUUAUGAAGGAAAAUAUUUGUUUUUAUUAGGAAGCAACCCAAAGCAUAUUUGUAUAUAAACAUUUUGUACUACUACUAAAAUUUUAGCUGCAAAUGCUGAGAAAUGCUGUUGUAGAGAGUGCAAAUUGUCAAAGAAAAAUUAAGUCAAGGAGUACAAUGACAGGUACUCUGUCACAGCAUAGUAAUGCCCAGACCAGAUGCCAUGCGAAUUUGUCCCUUUGGGCCUGAUUGCACUAGGAAGUCUUACUGUGCUUGCAAUGUAGACAGACUUGUACAUAUGGUUAGAACCAGUCAAACUCAAAAUGAGUCACUAUCACAAAUAGUUACAAACUAACAGUAGCUUGCAAAGAACUAAUAAAAACCAGAGCAAUUUACAUAGCUCCACGCGACUAUUAUUAGCGACCAUUAUUUUUUCGUGAUUAAAGAAGGUCUGUACAUUUUGAAAAUACAUUAAUAAUAGUAAAUUGGAGAGAAAUUCUAUAAACAGUCCAAAUGACAAGGACAAUUUACAUAAAAUAAGGAAAGCUACAGUAACGCGGCAUCACAGAAAGUGUGAGGGUGAACCCAGAAUCCGUUCUUGUAAGUUUGCCUUCAGGGACAAUGCCAUGGCAUCAUUUCUCUCCGUCUGGUUGGUUUUCAGCUUCUUGUAGUAGCUACUUUGUAAUGUCUCAGGGCCUGGUUUACCUGAAGGUUUGCAUGUGCAAACCUGAUUGCGAGUGCAAACAGAUGUCCAAUCUACUCACAGCGUGCACCCACAAUUGCAUCUGCCAAAUGGGCAAAAUAGACCUGGCAUAUUUGAAAUGCAGAAGACUGUUUCUGUACUUUUAGUGGCCUUGUGACAGAGACAACAUUUUCAAUUGGAAUGUUUAAUUUUUAUAAAGUUGUUACAUAAUGAUUGCCAGCAGAAGUGGUUUAGACGAUCAGAAAAUUUUAGAACUGUAAAAAAAGAAAAAAAAAAACGCACAUUAGACCAUGAUUGACUGUCAGACACCAAAAUUAUAGAAAUAAUUUACUUCUUUAUUUCUAAACAAUUUAGACUUUUUUAAGAAUAAUGCAAAUCUGAAAGUAGAAUUGAAAUAUAUUCAGGAAAAACUUAAAAUUACAUUUCUUGCGCUAGCGGCACAGUGCUUCAGCUGGAAAGCGUUGGCCUCACAGUCCUCAGGUCCCGGGUUCAAUCCCGGCCCUGCCUGUGUGGAGUUUACAUGUUCUCCCCGUGCCUGCGUGGGUUUUCACCGGGUAGUCCGGUUUCCUCCCACAUCCCAAAAACAUGCAACAUUAAUUGGACACUAUUAAAUUGCCCUGAGGGUUGAUUGCGAGUGCGGCUGUUUGUCCAUAUGUGCCCUGCUAUUGACUGGGAACCAGUUGAGGGUGUACCCUGCCUCGUGCUCGUUGAUAGUGGGAUAGGCUCCAAGCACUCCCACCACCCUUGUGAGGAUAAGCGGCUAAGAAAAUGGCUAGAUGGAUGGAUUUCUCACGCUUUCCCAAAUUUUCCACAAUGAAAACCAUCUUCUCCUUUCAAAUGUCUUGUCCUGUGAUGGAGGCACCACGGCAUCUCGUCCUUUUACAUCGAAGCCUAUCUUCUGAAUCUAUCACCAAUUUUUUUAUUUAUUUAUUUAUUUAUUUUUUUAAGGUCUUCCUCUCGUUGUCUUGCCUAGCAGCUCAAUUCUCAUCACGACUUUAUGUCUUAUGAAUGAGUCCAAAUUCUUUCUGGUCUCUCUAACUUUUGUCUCCAAACUAUUUACAUUGACUGUCGCUCUCAGAGCUCACUUCUAACUACGCAACCACAACACUUCUCUAGAGCGAACCUCAACAUCUUCAUCUCCACCUCAUCCUGUUCUGUCACUCAUCAUCUCCAGUGCCACUGUCUGUAAUACAUAAAUCAUAGCUGGCCUCACCACUGUCAUAUUAAUCUUUUCUUUCAUCCUAGCAGAAGCUCUUCUAUCACAUAAUACACCUGACACUCUGCUCCACAAAUUCUAACCUGCUUGGAUCCUUGGUGAAAAUCGUCAGCGUUACCCUCAUUUAUAGGGUUGUCUCAUCCAUGCCUAUUUUCUAAGCCGCUUACCCUUACAAGUGUCACGGGAGUGCUGGAGCCUAUUCCAGCUAAAUUCGUGCGAAAGGCUGACUUCACCCUGAACUGGUCGACUGGUUAGUUGCAGGGCAAAUACCGACACCAUCACUGUUUGGGAAUCGAUCCCACGCUGUCAGGUGUAUGUGCCACUACACCAUCACUUUUACGCAUUUGCCAGCAACCAUUGUAGAUGACGUGCAACGAACCCACCAACAGCGCACGGAAUCUAUUGUAGUGAGCAAUUUAUUUAGCACCCGUUAUUUGGUAACUUGGUAAAUCUUGCCCUCAAUGUUUUAAGAUGGGAAAGUAUUAGCUUGCACAUUUUCUUUAAUUGAUAAAAUGUAUGCAUCUAUCUCAGGAGAAAUUCCCUCAAACAAACUCACUGACACACGCACUGCUGUUUUACUGUUUCUAAAUGCUCCUAUCUCAAGUUUGCUCGCAAGCCGCUUCAGCACUUUAUCUUUCUUUUGUGUGUGUGUGUGUGUGUGUGUGUACUAUAUAUUCUUAAUGUGUGCCUUUGAUACUGUGUGUGGCACCAAAUCGUCUGUGCUUUGGUCUCCAAUCACACAUCCAGGUAAGAGCAGAUGGCUUUGCAGGAAUACGAAACAUCACCUAGUUACUCAGGUCUCAGUGUAAUAAAUCCUCAAAUGGAGGAUCCUCAGGGCUUAAUUUUCCCAUGCACCCUAAUCAGUGAAGGUUAGUGUUAGUGUUAAACAUUUUUGAGAAUCUUGAGCCAGUGACACUGGCUUUUUAAAUUUUAAUUCACUGUUACUUAUUCAGAGCAUUCAUUAUUAAAAAAACAAGAUCUGAUUUAAGACUAAAAGCGAUUGGGUUGUGAUCACUAGACCGCUGUGAAAGAAUAUUGUAAUGAUCACUUUUUUCAUCCCAUUCAUUCUGUCAACUCUCCCAUCAUCAAUAAUCACCAGGGAGUUUAUAUCACUGUCCAUACAUGGUUGUGCCCACGCAAUCCCUUUACCACAUUUGAGUCCAGAGGUGGGAUUAUUUGGACUGCGAUCUGUUGUUUUCCUUCUCUAAGCUCUUAUCAUCAUUGUCUUUUUUUUUUCCUUUUUUUUUGAGUCCAAAGAAUCUUAUUCUACAAUGUGAGUGACUUAGAUGAUUACUGAAAAAGUUUAAUCUGGCUAUAAUGUGCAUGUAUGAUGGAAAUACAUUCAAACUCAUUUUUGUGAUGGGCCACAUUGUAGGUAGUUUCUCUGAGGCCCAUUAUGACUCUGAAACCAUAUACGUUUCUGCUCUACUGUGCUGAGUCAAGACAAUAGCUAUUUUGACUCAGCCCAGCCUGAAACCUGAUUAGGUUUUCAGAAAAAGAAAGUGCAACAUAAUUCUAAAUUGAUAAUUGAAUAAGACACAUAUUCAACAAACUACUUUUAAAGACGUGCAAAAAGGGUUAACGUUCAUAGUACGGCAAAGGUUUAGCAGUGCAUUGGCACAAUGUAGGAUGAGAACCACGCAGCUUCGCCAUCACGACAAUACUCAUUUAUUUAUUUUACAAUUUGUUCUGACUAAAGUUGUUUUUCAAUUGUAUUAAUUUGAAGGUUUUUGUUUUACUAUUGGAAGCCCAUUUUUUUAAGAGUGCAAAAUAUUUUUAUUUCAUGCAGAAAUAAGAUGAAGAAAUGUAGCAAACUAUAGUUUCUUAUUCAUACAGAUAAAAAAUAAAUAACAUAUAUUCAGUGCUAGCCUCAUUUCAGAUGUAUAAUGGGUUUGGUGACUCCUGGUGUCGCCCCCGUAGGUGAUUAAAGUUUGCUGACCACCGUCCCCCCAAUCCCCCACCUGGGUGAUUAAAGUUUGCUGACCACCGUACUGCCCUCGACUUGGUCUUCUUAUGACUGCUUGUCAGAAUACUUCUGGUCUCAGCUGUAUGCUGAAGAUGAUUAAACAUGUUGACAUUUUACUUUCUCAUCAAGUGGAUAAAUGAACAGUACCUCUGGAGCAAAAAAAAUAUAUCGCAAUGUCAAAAGUGCCAUAUACUCUGUGAUACCAAAAAUGUGCAAAGGAGGUCAAAAGUACCCUAUAUCAGAAAGUACUGAUCUUACACAAAUGCUUCAACUCAGACAAAGACAUUGUAUCUAGGAUGUAUAGUAAUGAACCUUUUCACAUAUAGGAAGACAAUCUAUUUGUCCUUGCUUAUAAUUACAGCAGCAAGGACGGUAAAAACAGGUUUGCAACCCCCCUUAGGUAUUUGUGGCAGAUAACAAAAAGUCAAUCAGGAAUCUGCUAUUCCUUAAAUCAAAGCCUAAAACCAAUUUACACAGGAAACACAAGACAGUGAUGGUCAGGAUUCAUCACUGUUAGGGAUUAAAAAAAAAAUUGAAAUUUGAAAUUGAAUAUGUUCUUUGAGAUUCCCGAGGUGGGAUAUGCUUACCAAAGUUGUUUUAUUUUAUUUCAUGUUUUACUCUGUUUAAUAUGUCACCAAUUUUCCUUCUCAGAUAACUGUAUUGAUGUAUUACGUGCAUACAUACAAAUGUGCUAAAGGGCUGCUGGUAUAAACUAACUCGCCAAUACACGAAGUACACCAUGGUUAAAUGAAUACAGGGUAAUGCAAGAGCCCUGAAUGUCUGCUGUUUUUUCCUCGUGGAUCUACUAUUUUUGAGUGUGUAGUUUGCAUUCUUAAGUGUUCCGUUAUAUCCAUCAUGAUUAGUGUAAAUGCUGUUGCAUUUGUUUUACUGGGGUGAAAUUGGCAUGUGAGUUCAUCAGUUGACCUUUAGAGACAAUGCAAUAUUAACAUCGACGUUGAUUAAUGCUCUUAACCACUAGCGAGGCAAUAGGCACAACAGUGAACUUGGGCUGUCUGCUGUAAAGCAAUUAUAAAGAAGCUGCAUAACGUACAAUGUAAUGUACUCUAUGAAUACACAAAUGAUAAACCGUUGCAUUUAAGUUAUGUACCUGUCUCACCCAUAAAGAAUUUUUACUUGAGUAGUGGAACGAACACUCGGUCUGGUGUGCCAAGUGCUGGCGAUAAGGUGAAUCGCUUUGUAAAUCAGAAUAAAGACUCUUUUGUAUUAUUUUUUCCAGGUAACUCAUUUUUACGACGUCGCACAGAUGCAGAUUGCUAUUAUCUUUUUCACUCAUAAAGGUCAGAGUCCAGUUUUAUAUGACUUCCAAGAGAAAUAACUGUCUGAUUAAAAAAAAAAAAAAAAAAGUCCUCCUUCUUCCUGCUCUUAAACAGGUUGCUCCAUUGUGGGAAAAUAUUUACAUGUACUUUGCCAAGGUUUACAAGUUUGUACAAGAUUGGACUGCAGAAGUGUUUGAUUGUCAGAAGUAAUGCAGAAGGUCCUGUUUUUUACUCUUAUGUCUCCUGUAGCCAGACCAGAAACUCAACUGCUCUUUCAGUUUCAGUUGCUUUUCUCAUGUUUCAACUUCCUUCCUGUCUUUCAUGCCAGAGGCUUAUUGGCUGGUUGCCCUCACAACUCUUAACCUCAUGACUAGUCUUACAAAACAGCUUUUAAAAUUCAUUGCGCUUACACAAUGUCCUUUUGAUGCUUUUCUUUUGUAGACACUGUUCAGAUGCUCUCUGUUUCAUUUGUCUCCCCUUUCCUCUAUUUUAAAUGACACAGGAUAACCUUUAUUUCUGCACGUUUUAAUAGCAUAAUUCACACCAUAAUCAGGAGACCAACUGUAAUAUUCUUAUAUAAUAGAGCAGCAUACAGUAUGAGUUUCAGUUUUGAGAGAUUAAUUUCAUACAGUAACUGAGACGUA